AUGAAGAUCGGAAUGGGAGGCCACCGCGCGAAACCGAGCGUCCAAGGUCACGGUCUCGGGAGAGAAGAAGAGAUCGCAGAGAUUACAGCAGAUCGCGAUCACGAGAGCGGGGAUACAGUAAGCGGGAUCAUCAAAAACCUAGAAGCUAUUCUCGAGAGCGGACAGCAAGGCGACAAAAGGAUCGAAGUCGCAGUAGAGAAAGACAUAGACCUGUUCGAGAUCACCGUUCGCGCCCCCGCGGUCGAAGACCCGAUCCUCAACGACCUGAACCGGGGCCUCAUAAAAACACUCCUCCAAACCCUAAACCCAAUGGUGCCCAACCCGCAGGAAGUUAAAACGCACCCAAAUGGGGACAUGGAAAUAGAUGAAAACCCCGAAGAAGCGGAAAUGAGACGGAUGCUGGGUUUUGGCGGCUUCAAGACAACGAAGAAUACCAAAGUGAAGGGCAACAAUGUAUAUGGGGUCAGGAAAGAGAAUAAGAUCGAAUACAGGCAAUACAUGAACCGUGUCGGAGGAUUCAACCGGCCAUUGAGUCCGUCUAGACAACAGUAG